AUGGAGUGCAAUAAGAAUGUUGUGAUCAAGAAAAAUGACAAGAAGAGAGUGGUUGUAAAAUGUAUGGAAGGUUGUCCCUUUUAUAUUAGGUUUAGCCUUAGGACAACCAACCAAUUUUGGCAACUUGUUAGCUUCACUAAUCGACAUAGUUGUCAUCGGACACCAAGGAAUAGACAAGUGACGACCGUUUGGUUAGCUCAAAAAUUUGUGAAUACAUUAAGACACACUCCUGAAAUGAAGACUAAAGGGCUGAUUGCAGAAGCAAUGGAAAAGUGGGGGGUGAAGUUGUCAGUAGAUCAAGCAUAUAGAGCCAAGAAAAAAGCAAUAGAGUUAAUUCAAGGAGCUGGUCGUGAACAAUUUAUCCAUCUUAUAAGUUAUGCUGAGGAAUUGUUGAAGUCAAAUCCAAACUCCACAGUUAUAAUUCAUUGCGAUGAUUCAACUAGCGGUCCCGUGUUUGAAAGAAUAUAUGUAUGCUUAGAAGCAUGCAAGUCAGCUUUUGCAACCACUUGCAUGCCUCUAAUUGGUUUGGAUGCAUGCUUUCUGAAAGGGGACUUCAGAGGUCAGUUGGUAAGUGCCGUUGGUAAGGAUGGAAAUAACAAGAUGAUACCAAUAGCUUAUGCAGUUGUGGAAGCUGAAACAAAGGAUUCAUGGCAAUGGUUUCUUAAGUUAUUACUCGAAGACUUACAAUCCAUUCAACAAAAUGCUUAUGGGUUCAUAUCAGACCAACAAAAGGGUCUGGUCCCAGCAAUUCUGGAAACAAGCCAACAUGUUGAGCAUAGAGUAUGUGUUAAACACUUAUAUGGCAAUUGGAGGAAGAAGUAUCCUGGAAUUCAUAUGAAAGAAGUGUUAUGGAGGGCGGCUAGAGCCACAACAAGACCGGCAUGGGAAAGAGUAAUGAAUCAAAUGAAAGAUCUUAAUGCCAAGGCUUCGAAAGACAUGAUGGAUGUACCUCCUGCAUGUUGGAGUAGAUCGCAUUUCAAGACAGACUCACUGUGCGAUUUACAAGUCAAUAAUAUGUGCGAGGCUUUUAACCGAGCAAUAUUGGAAUAUAGAGACAAGCCAAUAAUCACAUUGCUUGAAGGAAUUAAACAUUACAUAACAAUGAGAAUUUCUACUCAAAAGGAGAAGUUAUCCAGGUACACAAGUGCUAUAAGUCCUAAUAUUCAAAAAGUACUAGAAAAAACAAAGCGGGAAGCAGAACGGUGGAGUGCAACUUGGCAUUCGGGUGAUGACUUUGCUAUAUUUGGGGUUUCAAACAGUGUUGAGACAUAUAUAGUAAACUUGCUGCAGAAGACAUGUGCUUGUAGGAGGUGGGAUUUAACCGGAAUACCGUGUUGUCAUGCUAUCGCGUGCAUUUGGUUUAACAAAAAGGACCCCAAAGAUUAUGUUUCAUCAUUCUACAGGAGGUCUACGGUGAUGGCUACUUAUAGCCAUAUCAUUAUACCAACCAAUGGUCCACAACUAUGGCCGACAAAUGUUACUCAACCAAUCAACCCUCCCGUCAUGAGAAGAUCUAUUGGUAGGCCAAAGAAGAAUCGUAACAAGUCAAAUGAUGAGUCGAGAAAUAGAAACAUAUUACCUAGAAGUCAUCAAACUGUCAAGUGCAAGAAAUGUGGGAGUUUUGGACAUAACAAGCGAACGUGUAAAGGUAAGAGAGUUGCAGAGAGAGCAAUUCCUAAGGGUGGAAACAAAAAGACAAAAAAUGGAAACAAAGGGGCUGCACAAACAGUUAUAGACGGAGGAUCGCAAGCGCCAAAUCCAACCCAAGAAUAG